UGUUUGUGGGUAAUCCCCAUGGCUUGCAUGGGAGUUUAUUCCUUUUUUGUCUGAAAAAUAGUGUGGAGGUGGAAUAUAUGUUAGUGAAAUUUGACCAUGAGAAUAAGAAAGUGCGCUUGGUGCUCUGUGGUGAAGAAGUUCUUCAAACACUGCAAGACAAAGGGGAGAAGGUAAACCCCAACCACCCAACACUCUGGCGACCAGAAUAUGGAAGCUAUAUGAUUGAAGGGACGCCUGGGCAGCCAUAUGGGGGAACCAUGUCUGAAUUUAACACCGUGCAGGACAACAUGAGGAAAAGACGGCAAGAGGCUGCUUCUGUUCUCAAAGAAAAUGAGGCUAUUUGCACUGUGACAUCAUUUCCACGGUUAGGGUGUCCUGGGUUUACAGUGCCGGAAUAUAAGCCAACGCCAGUAGAAGGAGGAGCUUCAAAAUCCCUGUUUUUUCCAGACGAAGCCAUCAAUAAACAUCCUAGAUUUAGUACACUGACCAGAAACAUUCGGCACCGAAGAGGAGAGAAGGUUGUGAUAAAUGUACCAAUAUUUAAAGAUAAGAACACGCCAUCACCAUUUAUCGAAACGUUUCCUGAUGAUGAUGGAGAAGCAGCAAAGGCAGCAAAGCCAGACUACAUAUACAUGGAUGCUAUGGGAUUUGGAAUGGGAAACUGCUGUCUUCAGGUAACAUUCCAGGCUUGCAGCAUUUCUGAAGCAAGGUAUCUCUAUGAUCAGCUAGCCACGAUCUGUCCCAUUGUGAUGGCGUUGAGUGCUGCAUCUCCAUUCUACAGAGGCUACGUGUCUGAUAUUGACUGUCGCUGGGGAGUAAUUUCUGCAUCUGUAGAUGAUAGAACGCGAGAAGAAAGGGGGCUAGAGCCACUGAAGAACAACCUUUAUAGAAUCAGUAAAUCCAGAUAUGAUUCCAUAGACAGUUAUCUAUCUGAAUGUGGUGAGAAAUACAAUGACAUUGAUUUGACAAUAGACAAAGAUAUCUACGAGCAUCUAAUAAAGGAAGGUAUUGACCACCUUUUGGCACAGCAUAUUGCACACUUGUUCAUUCGAGACCCAUUGACUUUGUUUGAGGAGAAAAUACAUCUAGAUGAUGCAAAUGAAUCCGACCAUUUUGAGAAUAUUCAGUCUACAAACUGGCAGACAAUGAGGUUUAAGCCACCUCCUCCAAAUUCGGAUAUUGGAUGGAGAGUGGAAUUCAGACCUAUGGAGGUCCAGUUAACAGACUUUGAAAACUCUGCAUAUGUUGUGUUCGUGGUGUUGCUAACCAGAGUGAUUCUGUCAUAUAAACUGGAUUUUCUCAUUCCUUUGUCCAAGGUGGAUGAAAACAUGAAGGUGGCCCAGAAAAGAGAUGCUGUCCGGCAGGGAAUGUUUUACUUCAGAAAAGAUAUUUGCAAAGGUGGAAACGCUGUUGUGGAUGGAUGUAGCUCUGCACAGAAUGGGACAGGCACCAACACAGAAGAGUACACCUUAAUGAGCAUUGAUACAAUUAUCAAUGGGAAGGAAGGAGUCUUUCCUGGUUUGAUCCCAAUUUUGAAUUCCUAUCUUGAAAACAUGGAAGUGGAUGUGGACACAAGGUGCACCAUCCUAAACUACCUGAAGCUAAUAAAAAAGAGAGCAUCUGGAGAACUGAUGACAGUUGCUCGAUGGAUGAGGGAAUUUAUCGCACAGCAUCCAGACUACAAGCAAGACAGCAUGAUAACUGAUGAAAUGAAUUACAGCCUUAUUUGGAAAUGCAACCAAAUCGCACAAGGCCAGGCAGAGUGCCCAGAACUGUUGGGGGUAGGAUUUAAUAAGAAACAAAGCGGAAACAGAACCGGCUCUUUGUAAUGAAUUAAUAUUUCUUAAAUGAAAGGAAGUUUAAGCCUUUUAGCAAAGAUACUGUGAAUCUGGUACAGUUUCAUGGUGUGAAGACCAAAACAGGGAUACUGCACUAUAAAGUGGGCCAAUCUGCCUAAAUAUUCGUUAAGGCAUCCUAAAAUGGACAUAUUCUUAUUGUUAAGGUUUAUACAAUGUACAUAUAAAUAGUAAAAUAUUUUUAUGAUUAACAUCAAUGUAUUUUAAUAACAUUGUAUCUAAAGUUAUUGUGAAUUAGCUUGUAACUUUUUUAUGCUUAUUCUAGAAAGAAAAAUCGUCCUUUGUAAAUGUCAUGGUACUUGUAUAUUAUAUGCAUUCCAGUUACUGAAUGUUUACUGUAAUUUUUUUAACCUGGAAUGUGCUAAGUAAUCUACCUUA